AUGAUGCCCAAAGAGAAACAAGUGCUGAAAAAUAUCACUGUGGAAAAUGCCAACGAAGAAAAUGAAAAAAAGGAUGAAAAAGAGCAAGAUGCUAAUAAAGGAGAGCCUUUGGCCCUCUCUUUGGGAGCUGGUGAAUAUUGUGUACCUAGAGGAAAUCACAGACGGUUCCGUGCUAGGCAGCCCAUUCUACAUUAUAGAUGGGACUUGACUCAGAGGCUUGGAAAGCCACAGGCGAGGAUGAGAGAAGAGGAUAUAGAAAGGAUUGGGGAAGGGAUGAGACAACUCAUGCAAAAGCUGAGGGAAAAGCAGUUGAGUCAUAGUUCGCGGGCAGUUAGCACUGACCCCCCUCACCAUGAACAUCAUGAUGAGUUUUGCCUUAUGCCUUAA